UAAUGCCCAUAGCUAACUUUUCCCUUUUAGCUAACAACGGCAGGUUUUUGUACACAAAUAAAUAAAUUAAUAUUGUCGUAAUUGACCAGGGAAAUAAUGGAAUUGAAUACAUUUCAAGAGCUUCGUGUUAUGUUGCUAAAAGUAACACAAGCGCCGGGGAAAUAUAAGUAUUAGUAUUAAUGUAUGUCCAGUGUGUCGUCAGCUAGAUAGUUGCUAGUUUUAGUAGUUUAAUGACACAUUGAAAGAAAAUAACCUCAUAUUUUUUGUAUAGCUGCUUCAAGAAUGGUCUAAUAAAGUGGGAGGAGAGCCAAGUAAGAAUGUCUGACUCCGACAGUGACGAAGAUCAAGAUCGUCCUUUCUCUAUUACUGGCUUCUUAUUUGGGAACAUCAAUGAAGAUGGCCAACUGGAGGAUGACAGUGUUUUGGACAAUGAGUCCAAAAAACAUCUGGCUGGAUUGGGAAAUUUAGGUCUGGGCUCCCUCAUCACAGAGAUCACAGCCAAUGAGGAUGCUGAGCAAGAGGAAAGUAAAAACACCACUAGUGUGGAUGCUGAGGGCUGGGUAAAAAGUACUGAAGAUGCUGUUGAUUAUUCUGACAUCAGUGAGGUUGCUGAGGAUGAAACAAGGAAGUACCGUCAGGCCAUGGGAUCUUUGCAGCCCUGCAGAAAAACAGAUGAUGACGACGACGACUAUGACGCAGAUUGUGAGGAUAUUGAUUCAAAGCUCAUGCCUCCUCCGCCACCACCGAGCGUUUCAACUGGGGCAAAGAAAGAUGAGCCGACUUCUCAGAGCACAAAUGUUGGGGAGGAAGGUGACGGCAUCAUCCUGCCGUCCAUCAUCGCACCUUCCUCUAAUGCCGAUAAGGCUGAUUUCAGCAGUUCCUCAGACUCCGAGUCAGAAACAGACCGCCCUUGCCAGGUUUUGGGUGCCGGAGGCCCACCUGACAGCCUCAACCUCCCGCUGGCUGGCAUCAUGCAGAAAGAUGCUGCUAAAGCACUUCCAGGUGUCACAGAGCUCUUCCCGGUUUUUCGACCUGGAAAGGUGCUGAGGUUCUUAAGGCUUUUUGGUCCAGGGAAGAACAUGCCAUCGGUUUGGAGGAGUGCCCGAAGGAAGAAGAAGCGUAAGCAUCGGGAUGUUCUGCCUGGCACACCACCUCCUGAGGGAGAGCUCACAGAACAAGGCGAGGAUAAGAAAUCAGGAUGGGUGUACGAAUACGCAAACCCUCCACCCCCAGAGCAGUGUCUCUCGGAUGAUGAGAUAACCAUGAUGGCUCCAGUUGAGUCUAAGCUUUCUCAAACUUGCGGCGAUGGAGACAAGGAGGCAGAAUCACGACCUAAAGUUGCCGAAUGGCGAUAUGGGCCUGCACAGCUUUGGUACGACAUGAUUGGGGUCCCUGAGGACGGAAGUAAUUUCAACUACGGAUUGAAGCUGAAGGAAAUAGAGUCUAGUGACCCAAUGGAGCAGAACACAAUGGAAAAAGCAACCAGGAUGGCGCAGGAGAAUGUGAGGUGGUGUGAUGAUCCUGAUGGCUGCAAUAAUGAGGGUGACGAGGAAAAAUCGACCCUUGAGAAUGAGCUCUUCUUGAUGGUCACACAACUCCAGUGGGAAGAUGACAUUAUCUGGAAUGGGGAGGAUGUAAAACACAAGGGCACCAAGACUCAGCGUGCCAGUCUUGCGGGGUGGUUGCCCUCGAGCAUGACCCGCAAUGCCAAUGCUUAUAAUGCACAGCAAGGUCUGGCAAGAAGUAAUUCUCAAUUGGUGCCACCUACACCACCUCCCUUGGUCAAAGCUUUGUCAAUAACUGGCAUGAAGCAUAAACACAGCCAUGAUCAUCACGCCAAUCACGAAGACGAUGCUCCGUGGUUCUCCAUUUUUCCCAUUGACAAUGAAGAGUUGGUGUACGGACGCUGGGAAGACAACAUUAUUUGGGAUGAUCAGGAGAUGGAGCGCAUCCUCAUGCCGCCUGUUCUUACACUUGAUCCUAAUGAUGAAAAUAUCAUUCUUGAAAUUCCUGAUGAAAAGGAAGCAACAACAUCACACUCCCCAUCAAAGGAGAAUAAGAAGGAAACAGCAAUCAAAAAGAGUCGCAUCCUGCUUGGGAAGACCGGGGUGAUAAAAGAUGAACCGCAACAGAACAUGUCCCAGCCGGAGGUGAAGGACCCCUGGAAUCUCUCCAACGAUGAGUUCUACUAUCCCAAACAGCAGGGUCUGAGGGGCACGUUCGGUGGCAACAUCAUUCAGCAUUCCAUCCCAGCCCUGGAGUUGAGGCAGCCCUUCUUCCCCACCCACAUGGGACCAAUGAAGCUGCGGCAAUUCCAUAGAUCGUCUUUGAAGAAGUACUCGUUUGGGUCUUUGGCCCAGCCGGGUCCACACCCUGUACAGCCUCUGCUCAAGCACAUUAAGAAGAAGGCCAAGAUGCGAGAACAGGAGCGGCAGGCGGCGGGAGGAGGAGACAUGUUUUUCAUGCGCACCCCUCAGGAUUUGACAGGCAAGGAUGGCGAUCUCAUCUUGGCAGAGUAUAGUGAAGAACACACGCCUCUCAUCAUGCAAGUUGGCAUGGCAACUAAGAUUAAAAACUACUACAAAAGGAAACCUGGAAAAGAUCCUGGUGCACCAGAUUGCAAAUAUGGAGAAACAGUAUACUGCCAUACUUCACCUUUCCUGGGCUCCCUUCACCCUGGACAACUGCUCCAAGCUUUUGAAAACAACCUUUUCCGCGCUCCCAUUUACCUGCACAAGAUGCCAGAGACUGACUUUUUAGUCAUUAGAACACGCCAUGGCUAUUACAUCAGAGAGAUAGUAGACAUAAUGGUGGUCGGGCAGGCUUGCCCGUUAUAUGAAGUUCCAGGGCCCAACUCUAAACGAGCCAAUACCCACAUCAGAGACUUCCUUCAAGUGUUCAUUUACCGCUUGUUCUGGAAGAGCAAGGAUCGACCGCGGAGGAUUCGCAUGGAGGACAUAAAGAAAGCAUUUCCGUCGCAUUCUGAGAGCAGCAUCAGGAAGAGACUAAAACUCUGUGCCGACUUCAAACGUACAGGGAUGGAUUCCAACUGGUGGGUGCUUAAGCCUGAUUUCAGAUUGCCAACGGAGGAGGAGAUCCGAGCAGUGGUGUCUCCAGAGCAGUGCUGUGCUUACUAUAGCAUGCUGGUGGCUGAGCAAAGACUCAAGGAUGCUGGGUAUGGCGAGAAAUCAUUUUUUGCCCCAGAGGAGGAGAAUGAAGAGGACUUUCAAAUGAAGAUUGAUGAUGAGGUGCGUACAGCUCCCUGGAACACCACAAGAGCCUUCAUCUCUGCCAUGAAGGGAAAAUGCUUGUUGGAAGUUUCCGGUGUUGCUGAUCCGACAGGCUGUGGAGAAGGUUUUUCCUACGUCAAAGUGCCCAAUAAGCCCACUCAACAAAAGGAUGAUAAAGAGCCACAGCCUGCUAAGAAGACUGUUACAGGAACCGAUGCAGAUUUGAGGAGACUUUCACUGAAGAAUGCCAAGCAACUUCUGCGCAAGUUUGGUGUGCCGGAAGAAGAAAUCAAGAAGCUUUCCCGCUGGGAGGUGAUUGACGUAGUGAGAACCAUGUCAACAGAACAGGCGCGUUCAGGUGAAGGCCCCAUGAGCAAGUUUGCCAGAGGCUCUCGUUUCUCCGUCGCAGAGCACCAGGAGCGGUACAAGGAAGAAUGCCAGAGGAUCUUUGACCUGCAGAACAAGGUGCUAGAAUCGACAGAAGUUCUGUCCACGGACACUGACAGCAGCUCGGCAGAGGACAGUGACUUUGAGGAAAUGGGGAAGAACAUUGAGAACAUGCUGCAGAACAAGAAGACUAGUUCACAACUGUCACGCGAAAGGGAAGAGCAGGAGCGGAGAGAGCUGCACAGGAUGCUAAUGGGAGAGGACAGUGACCGUGACCAUAAGGGACGCAAAGAGCGACGCAAAGUCUUGUCCAGUUCAUUGUCCAUCAGCUCCCACAAGGAUGACGACACAUCAUCCGUGACGAGCCUCAACUCUGCAGCCACAGGACGUCGCCUUAAGAUCUAUCGAACCUUCAGAGAUGAGGAUGGUAAGGACUAUGUGCGCUGCGAGACGGUGCGCAAGUCUGCAGUCAUCGAUGCCUACACCAGGAUCAGGACUACUAAGGAUGAUGAAUUCAUACGAAAGUUUGCACUCUUUGACGAGCAGCACAGAGAAGAAAUGAGGAAGGAACGCCGUCGUAUCCAGGAGCAGCUUAGGAGGUUAAAGCGAAAUCAAGAGAAAGACAAGUUUAAGGGCCCACCGGAAAAGAAGGCGAAGAAAAUGAAAGAGAGACCAGACCUCAAGUUAAAGUGCGGUGCCUGCGGCGCCAUCGGGCACAUGAGGACGAACAAAUUCUGCCCACUCUACUAUCAGACCAACGCACCACCUUCUAACCCAGUCGCAAUGACUGAGGAGCAGGAGGAGGAGCUAGAAAAGACGGUCAUUCACAAUGAUAACGAGGAGCUGAUCAAGGUGGAGGGCACAAAGAUCGUGCUUGGCAAGCAACUCAUUGAAAGUGCUGAUGAAGUGCGGAGAAAAUCUUUAGUGCUCAAGUUCCCCAAGCAACAACUUCCUCCGAAGAAGAAGAGACGAGUUGGCAAUGCUUUGCAUUGUGAUUACCUCAUCAAACCACACAAGGCGAUCCAUCGCAGACGCACGGACCCUAUGGUGACCUUAUCCUCUGUGCUUGAGAGCAUCAUUAAUGAUAUGCGGGACCACCCUAAUACAUACCCGUUCCACACGCCAGUCAAUGCCAAGGUUGUGAAGGACUACUACAAGAUCAUCACGCGGCCCAUGGACCUACAGACGCUCAGGGAGAACGUGCGCAAACGAAUGUACCCGUCCAGGGAGGAGUUCCGAGAAGCAGUAGAGCUCAUCUUUAAGAACAGUGCCACAUACAACGGAGCGAAACAUCCAAUCACACAAGUGGCGCAGUCAAUGCUGGACCUUUGUGAUGCUAAACUGAAAGAGAAAGAGGACAGACUUGUUAGGCUUGAAAAGGCCAUCAAUCCAUUACUGGAUGAUGAUGAUCAGGUGGCUUUCUCUUUCAUUCUGGACAAUAUUGUUACCCAGAAGAUGAUGGUGGUUCCUGAUUCAUGGCCGUUUCACCAUCCCGUCAACAAAAAGUUUGUGCCUGAUUAUUACAAAGUGAUAAUAGACCCCAUGGACUUGGAGAGCAUUCGCAAGAACAUCUCCAAACACAAAUACCAGAACAGAGACGUGUUCCUCUCAGAUGUUACUCUCAUACACACCAACAGCAUCAAGUACAACGGCCGUGACAGUCCGUACACAAAGACUGCUCUUGAUAUCGUCAAUGUGUGCAGUUUGACCUUGGAUGAGUAUGAUGAACACUUGACUCAGCUUGAAAAGGACAUCGCCACUGCCAAAGAAGCUGCUCUGGAUGCUGUAGACUUUGAGAGUCUAGACAUGACCCAUAUGUCAUACAUGCCACAGUAUGAUGACUUGGAUAAGGACAUGUCCUCAUCCAAGGGGUCUUUCAUGGACUUGCAGAGGCUCAGUGCAACAUCUUCGCCAUACAUAGCACAGGCUCGCAGAAGGAACAGAGAAGAAGAGUCGGAUGUGGAUAUUGAAGGCUUUGAGGAGGAAGAUGAUGGCAAACCGAAAACACCUGCUCCUGCGGAGGAUGCGGAAGGAGAUCUAGAAGACGACGAUGAAGAUGACGAGGAGAUGUUGCUCCCUCCUCGCAGACGCAUGCACAACCGCCAGGAUGAGGAUGAGGACCGCCGAUCUAACUCCUUGGCCCAUGCCAGUGUGUUAUAUCAGGAUCUGCUCAUGUCUGACGGCGAGGACGACGCCAGUGAGGAGGAGGGGGACAAUCCAUUCUCAUCCAUUCAUUUGUCUGAGAGUGGCAGCGACUCUGAUAGAGAGGCGGAUGUGCGACCUCCACCCCCACCACGGCGAGCGCAGGAGACUGCGCGCAUGGGCAUGGAGCAGGAUGAGAGUAUGAUGUCGUAUGAAGGGACCGGGGCUGAUGACGGACACCACAUGGAAGACAGCAACAUCAGUUAUGGCAGCUUCGAGGAGACCGAGAGCCGCAGUCAGAUGCAGCCCCUGAACAGGGGAAACGCAGACGACGACGGUAUCAGUGAGGAAGAGGAGGAAGACGAGGAGGAUAACGCACAAAGGAGAGCAGCAGCUCAACUUUCUCAGUACGAAGAGAAGGGGACAAAAUGGUCGUUCAUGGACUUGGAGAGACACAACACCACGCCAGCACCAUACACACAGCAGCCUUGGCAGCUACCAGCAGACGGCAACAGCGAGGAGGAGGAGGAAGAUGAAGAGGAGGACGCGCGCAGGAGAGGCCCCGCCGUGCUCUCUCAGGUCCAGCUCAGUGAGGACGAGGAGAGCGAAGAGUUCAGGUCAAUCGGGGGAGACAGUGACAUGGACACGGACUAGAAUCAAGAAAACAGACAUUGGAGAUGUUGUAAAUUCUAUCAAGCAUGUUUUAUAGCUUCUUGCACUAUUAGCGCUCACAUUGUACAUUUUUUAUUUCACAUUUUGAGUUAAUAUUAGUUCCCCUAAUGAAUACUGUACAGUUGAUUUUCAAUAUGUUUUGAUAACUGCUUUUACGAGCACCACCCAGCUUAAAAAACAAUAAACGGGUUGUGAGAUAUGUUUUUAAAUGUCGUCAAAUGACUGAUGUUUCUCUAAUAAGUCAAAGUCAAUACUAGAGGAGUACAUCUUGAAGACUGUUGUUUUUAGUCAAAAAGUGAACAUUUCUACCGUCACUGUCUUUGAAAGAACUAAAGCAACAUUAUCAGCAUUUUUACUUAUGAAAAGCAAUAUUUAGACAGGCUUUAUGAUCUAUUUCAUACAGAACUGCACUAUUUAAUGAUAUAAUGUGAAAAAUUGACAUGUUAGUCAGCAUCGGAACCGUUUAUUUCUAAAAAUACAAAAAUUCCAAUUUCUGUCUUUUUAACUCUAAAUCUAAAACUACUCAAAAUAUGUAUUGGCCCACCUCAGGCAGCCUUAUUUCAUUGUAUUCAUUGUACAAAGUUCCAAAUCUGAAUAAAAAUGACUCAUUUGA